AUGCUUCAGGAACGAUCUGAGUUGAUGAGCACGGUGAUGAAUAAUACACCCACAACAGUCGCCGCAUUGGCUGCGGUUGCUGCAGCCUCUGAAACAAAUGGAAAGCUGGAGUCCGAGGAACUACCUGAAAUCACUAUUCCUAAGCCAAGAAGUAGUGCACAAUUGGAGCAGUUACUGUACCGUUAUAGAGCCAUUCAAAACAAUCCCAAGGAAAAUAAGUUAGAAAUUAAGGCAAUAGAGGACACUUUUAGGACUAUAUCACGUGAUCAGGAUAUUUACGAAACAAAGCUAGACACUUUGAGAAAGAGUAUAGAUGAAGGAUUUGACUAUGAUGAAGAGUUAUUAAACAAACACUUAGUUGCAUUACAGCUACUGGAGAAGGACACAGAUGUUCCUGAUUACUUCUUAGACUUACCAAACAUCGACAACGAUAAAACUACAGUGAAGGAAGUUGACUCCUUUGGAAAGAAACCAGUAAAAAUUUCGACCGAUUUCAAUGCGAAGGCCAAAAGUUUAGGUUUAGAAUUAAAGUUUUUUAACGCUACGAAGACUGCACUGGGCGAUCCAGAAACCGAAAUAAGGAUUUCUGCACGUAUAUCCAACAGAAUCAACGAGCUAGAAAGAUUACCUGCCAAUUUGGGCACAUACUCACUAGAUGAUUGCUUGGAGUUUAUAACAAAAGAUGACUUAUCAUCCAGAAUGGAUACUUUCAAAAUCAAAGCUCUUUUGGAAUUGAAAAGUUUAAAGCUACUAACAAAGCAAAAAUCAAUUAGGCAAAAGCUAAUCAACAAUGUUGCCAGCCAGGCACACCACAAUGUUCCAUAUUUGCGUGAUUCUCCUUUUACUGCAGCUGCGCAAAGAUCCGUUCAGAUUAGAAGUAAAGUGAUUGUCCCACAAACUGUUCGCUUGGCAGAAGAAUUAGAAAGACAACAGUUAUUGGAAAAGAGAAAAAAGGAACGUAAUUUGCAUUUACAGAAAAUAAACAACAUCAUUGAUUUCAUCAAAGAAAGGCAGUCGGAGCAAUGGUCCCGCCAAGAACGUUGCUUCCAAUUCGGUAGAUUAGGCGCUUCAUUACACAACCAAAUGGAGAAGGAUGAACAGAAAAGAAUAGAAAGAACCGCUAAGCAGCGUUUAGCUGCUCUGAAAUCUAACGAUGAGGAAGCUUAUUUAAAGCUUUUAGAUCAAACUAAGGAUACUAGAAUUACACAGUUAUUAAGGCAAACUAAUUCCUUUUUGGAUUCUUUGUCGGAGGCUGUUAGAGCACAACAAAAUGAGGCAAAAAUACUUCAUGGUGAGGAGGUCCAACCGAUUACUGAUGAAGAAAGAGAAAAGACUGACUAUUACGAAGUCGCUCACAGAAUUAAAGAGAAAAUCGAUAAACAACCUUCUAUUCUCGUUGGUGGUACUUUAAAAGAGUACCAAUUACGAGGUUUAGAAUGGAUGGUGUCAUUGUACAAUAAUCAUUUAAACGGUAUAUUAGCAGAUGAGAUGGGUUUAGGUAAAACUAUCCAAUCUAUUUCUCUAAUAACAUAUCUUUAUGAGGUUAAGAAGGACAUGGGACCUUUCCUAGUCAUUGUACCGCUAUCCACAAUAACUAAUUGGACAUUAGAAUUUGAAAAAUGGGCUCCGAGCUUGAACACCAUUAUAUACAAAGGUACCCCAAAUCAAAGACACUCUUUACAACAUCAGAUAAGGAUCGGAAAUUUUGAUGUCUUAUUAACAACGUAUGAAUAUAUUAUCAAAGACAAAUCCCUUUUAUCAAAGCAUGAUUGGGCUCACAUGAUUAUUGACGAAGGUCAUAGAAUGAAAAAUGCCCAAUCGAAACUAUCAUUCACAAUUUCCCAUUAUUACCGUACAAGAAACAGACUGAUUUUAACAGGUACUCCUUUGCAGAACAACCUACCAGAAUUAUGGGCCCUUUUGAACUUUGUUUUGCCUAAAAUUUUCAAUUCUGCCAAGACCUUUGAGGAUUGGUUUAAUACUCCAUUUGCUAACACUGGUACUCAAGAGAAACUAGAAUUAACGGAAGAAGAAACUUUGUUAAUUAUUAGAAGAUUACAUAAGGUGUUAAGGCCAUUUUUAUUGCGUCGUUUGAAGAAGGAAGUCGAAAAGGAUUUACCUGAUAAAGUAGAAAAAGUUAUCAAAUGUAAACUUUCUGGUUUGCAACAACAGUUGUAUCAACAAAUGUUAAAGCAUAACGCGCUAUUUGUUGGUGCAGGGACGGAGGGGGCCACUAAGGGAGGGAUUAAAGGUUUAAACAAUAAGAUUAUGCAAUUAAGAAAAAUCUGUAACCAUCCAUUCGUAUUUGACGAAGUGGAAGGUGUUGUAAACCCCUCAAGAGGUAACAGCGAUCUUCUUUACAGAGUAGCUGGUAAGUUUGAAUUACUCGAUAGAGUACUACCGAAAUUCAAAGCCUCGGGUCAUAGAGUGCUAAUGUUUUUCCAAAUGACUCAGGUUAUGGAUAUUAUGGAAGACUUUUUGAGAAUGAAAGAUUUGAAAUAUAUGAGAUUAGAUGGUAGCACCAAGACCGAAGAAAGAACAGAAAUGCUGAAUGCCUUCAAUGCCCCAAAUUCAGAUUAUUUUUGCUUUCUUUUGUCAACUAGAGCUGGUGGUUUGGGUUUGAAUUUACAGACUGCAGAUACGGUGAUUAUCUUUGAUACGGAUUGGAAUCCACACCAAGAUUUACAAGCCCAAGAUAGAGCUCACAGAAUUGGACAGAAGAAUGAGGUUAGGAUUUUAAGAUUAAUUACCACGGAUUCUGUGGAAGAAGUUAUUUUGGAAAGAGCCAUGCAGAAAUUGGAUAUUGACGGCAAAGUUAUUCAAGCAGGUAAGUUUGAUAACAAAUCAACUGCAGAGGAGCAAGAAGCUUUCCUGAGAAGAUUGAUCGAAAGUGAAACGAACAGAGACGACGAUGACAAGGCAGAGUUAGAUGACGAUGAAUUAAAUGAUACUUUGGCCAGGAGUGCCGAUGAAAAAUUGCUGUUUGAUGAAAUUGACAAGGAAAGGAUGAACCAAGAGAGAGCAGAUGCCAAAGCUCAAGGUCUCAGGGUUCCACCUCCAAGAUUGAUUCAAUUAGAUGAGCUUCCCAAAGUAUUUAGAGAAGACAUUGAAGAACACUUCAAGAAAGAGGAUUCUGAGCCAUUGGGAAGGAUCAGACAAAAGAAAAGAGUUUAUUAUGAUGAUGGUCUAACCGAAGAACAAUUUUUAGAGGCUGUGGAGGAUGACAAUAUGUCUUUAGAAGACGCUAUUAAAAAGAGACGUGAAGCACGUGAAAAGAGGAGAUUACGUCAAAACGGUACAAAGGAGAAUGAAAUAGAAACCCUGGAAAACACGCCUGAGGCAUCCGAAACUUCAUUGGCUGAAAAUAAUAGCUUCACGGCGGCUGUGGAUGAGGAAGUUGGUGCUGAUAAGGAAACUGCAGUUUCCAGGUCAAAACGCCGGAGUAAAAGGAAAAGGACCAUUACCGUUGUUACGGCAGAAGACAAAGACAUUGUUCAAGAAGAAGGUACUUUUCAAGAAAACGGGGGCGCUAAGGUAGAGGAGGAACUAAAAAGUAGCUCCGUUGAAAUUAUAAAUGGCCCAGAAUCCAAGAAAAAGAAACCCAAAUUAACUGUCAAGAUUAAAUUGAACAAGACAACUGUGUUGGAUAAUAAUGAUAGCAACGAAGCGGAGGAAAAGCCGGAAAGCAAAUCACCUGUGAAGAAGACUUCGGCCAAAAAAACCAAAACCAAGUCGCUUGGGAUUUUUCCCACGGUGGAAAAAUUGGUGGAAGAAAUGCGUGAACAGUUAGAUGAAGUAGAUUCCCAUCCAAGAACAUCCAUUUUUGAGAAACUUCCAUCAAGACGCGACUAUCCGGAUUAUUUCAAAGUAAUUGAAAAACCCAUGGCCAUUGAUAUCAUAUUAAAAAAUUCCAAGAAUGGCACAUACAAAACCUUGGACGACGUAAGACAAGCCUUGCAAACGAUGUUUGAAAACGCCAGAUUCUAUAACGAGGAGGGAUCCUGGGUUUACGUCGACGCCGACAAGUUAAAUGAGUUUACUGAUGAAUGGUUCAAAGAACACUCGUCGUAA